AUGUACUCGGGACCACCGAUCCGAACUACAUCAGCAUCGUCCCCAGAUUUUGUAUCCUCCUUCCACCAGUCUGCGAAACCUACGUUCAGGAUGAUGGCAGCUCGUGUGACAACUCUACCUGCGGAGAUUCUAUCCUUGAUCAUCGGAGAGUUUUACAAUGCCAGCGAAUGGGAAGAUUUACGAGCUCUGAGACUGACGUGCCAGCGUCUCAGCGAGCUCAUUACACCCAUUCUAUUUUCUGACGUCCAUGUCAACCUUUGUGGAUCAAAAAUAUUCAAGGCGUCAUCUCAACUCGAAGACUUUUCCUUGCGGCGGACUCGGGUCACCCAGUUCGUAAAGAGCUUGAAUAUUCUGUCGUUGGAGCAGCAGUUUGAUGACAUGGGGAUACAAGCGCUUCGGGCUAGCUUGAACGCGUCAAGGCAUAUUGGGUCUGCCAUUCGCUCCUUACGUAGUGUCGACCACGUAUCAUUACACGUCUGCCAGUACAACCCGAAGAACAGUACCGGAGUUGUGCUUGACGCCCUAACGUAUCUCCCAAAGCUCACGAGUCUAACCCUUUCCGGAGACACUGCGACAAAUUGGUGUGACAUUAAUUUCCACGGCUUCAUGAAUAUCGUCGAAUUCACAAUUGAAGCUCCGACUGGAGAAUACCUAGAACAUCAUCUCCACACUUUCAUGACUAAUAAUCCUCGUCUUCAACGUCUAUGCGUGACCUUUCAGCCUCCGCACCUUCGUAUAGGAUGGAGACUUGACGUGGCCUAUAUCUUUGAUAAAAAGAAGGGACCGUUCGCUCUUGAGCACCUAGAGCUUCACGGCAGAUGGAGAAUAUCCGACCCAUCUUGCAUAGGGCAGCUUCCCUCUCUUGCGUCACUUUGCCUUUCUGAUGACGAUGACGAGGGAAGUAGCUUGGCCUUGCUACUCUCACAUCUAGUAAGCCCUCUGAAAAAGCUGGUGUUCCCCUUGCCAGCUGCGAAGCAGCGAAGACUGGGAAAGAGUGACCACAUUUUAAUGGCCCAUCUUUCUUCGUAUUCGGGCCUAGAAGAACUCACCGUCAGCGCUUUGGGAGUGGCCAGUCAAACGGAGCUCUUUCGAGAGGCUCUACCUUGUCAUAUUGAUACACUCACAAAGGUUGUUUUAAAUUAUGCGUUUUGGGACAUCUCCCCUUGCGACUACGAUUUUUUGGCUGUUUCCCAAUUCCACAAUCUUCAGCAUCUGGAAGUGACCUUGCUGUCCAUCAUUCUAACGGCCAGUGAAGUAGUCGUUCCGACGGUUGUUGCGUGGUUAGACAUAGCGACUCGCUUGUAUAAGCUUCGCAAUCUUCAUUUACAUGUUAUAGACAUGCCCGCAACGCUCCUGCCACACACCGACGAACCUACAAUGAGCGUGGAAGAAAUCAUACAAGUCUACAGCAACUUCGACAAGACUUAUCCCCCUCAUCUUCGAGUCCACGUACACGCAUGGGAAAGAAUGUCCAUCACAUACCACAUCAUCGGCGCUCGCUUUAUGCCACUAUACACUUUCAGGCACAACGUUAAAACGCACGAGUUUCCUUGUGAAACUGAUGGCAGACGGAAAUUGUUCAGGAUAUGGGCUGCUGGAAUGCCUUCCACCUUCAUUCGUUAUUGGUUCGAGGCAUAUCCAGUGGGAUUGUUGCUUUUUAUUUUGGGCUUAACGUUGGCACUUGUGAUAGCGUUCGCGACGUACUGGAUGGGUUCCUCGCGUGCCUUCGAGCGACCAUGUCAGGCUGUCGGGAUACCCUUAGAAGAAUUACUUCAGUCUGUUGAAGAUAACAUCAUUAUCAUGAUGUCUGCAUUGUCAGAAGAAUUUCCACACGGACUCAGAUCCUCGUAA